AUGAACAAUUUAAUUCAUGAGCGUGUCAGGAACAACCCUCUCAUAAGGCCAGGAGAGAUCGUAGAUUAUGUUAAAGUUGGUGGCGGGAUCGACAUCAAGUAUUACCACGCAUAUCAUGCACUUGAGUUGUCGCACAAACAUGUUUUUGGUAAUGAUGUCAGAUCUUACACCUAUCUUGCUCGGUUGGUGAAUGUUGUUAAGGAAACAAACCCUGGGUCAUUUAUUGAUUUCGACUUCAACGAUGCUACAAAGAGAUUCAAUAGGCUUUUUAUUUGCUUUGGAGCUUGUAGGGAGGGCUAUAAACUCUGUCGUCCGAUGAUUUUUUGUGAUUGUACAUUUAUUACUGGGACUUUUAGAGGAGGUCUCAUGGCGGCAACAUGUUUUUAUCCCCUCGCAUAUGCAUCAGUUUCUGGUGAAACUAAUGACAAUUGGGAAUGCUAUUUCUACUUCCAUUUGGAUAAAAACUUACCUAUCGCAAAGUCUGAUGAAAAGGAUAAAGAAGUGAUUGAUGCUUUCCGAAAGGAAACAUAUGCACUUUCUCCUGCAACAUAUGAGGAAGCUCCUCAUGAAAUGACUUCUUCAAGCGUUGCCGAAUCGUUCAAUAAUUGGAUUAACCGUGAUAGGAAUUUACCUGCGUGUGCGUUAGUUGACAAGAUCAGUCUACGUAUUAUGGAGUUGAUGUCAGAACGUCACGAAGAGAGUGUCUUGAUGAACCUAGAACUGCUAACCCAUGUGUAUCAAGCCUUUCUUGAACUACACAUUCAAAUUGCCCGUCCCUGGAAAUUUAGUCAGUCAGAUGCUAACCUCUUUGAGGUACAUUCUCCAAGGUUAGCAUUUACCCCUAUUACUAGAUCUGGAGGAAUGAUACUUGAUUACGUCGAAGAUUACUUCAAAGUUACCCGUUAUCGUGAGCUAUAUUCAAUAGUUAUUAGACAUGUUCCUAACUACGACAGGCCUGAUGAGUAUCACGUAGACGAUACCGUUCUCCCACCAGAUGUAAUUAAGGCUCCACCAGGCAGGAAAAAAGGAAAGCGUAUUAAAAGUACAUGGGAGAAUAGUAGAAAAUAUGUUAAGUGCUCAAACUUACCAACUGAAUGUGGUUAA